GCCUCUUAGUGUCCGCUAGAAAAUGUUGGCGUUCGCACUGUGACGGUGUCUCCGGUUUCUAUUUUUUUUCUUUGUGCACUUUUUUGUUUCCCUCUGUUUUCCCUCUUCUUUUAGUUACGUUUAAAUUAGUCAUUAGUAGAAUUAUCGAAAACCGAUCGAUUUACAAGUUAUAAUUUAUUACGACUUAUGUUCAAUAUCAUAAGAUAAUCGCGAUCGCGUGUUUUUGUUUUUUAUAUUGCGCUCAGUUUAGUGUUCUGUUUUCUGCGAUUAACAUUCUCAGAAGAAGAUUUGAAAUAGUGCUGUACGUUAGAUUAAACGAAGCGAACGAAGCUCAAAUGAGAUCCUGAGCCUUUCAACCAGGCACAAAGUGUUUCACAUUAUGAAGUGAAAGUAUUUGUGGACUAUGUGUUUCAAAAAUAGUUCCAGUGAAUUUGAAUUCCUCGACAAACGUAAAGUUAAACACUGGAAAAUGUAACCCAAACCAGCUAAAGAAAAUAUUGUUAACAAACUGUUUGUAAAUGUACCCAUCGUGAAGAUAAGAAGAAUAUAGUGCGCGACAGUGAAAUUCAACCAUGUCUACUCAAGAUUUAAGAGGUCGACGAUCGACACUUCUCCAGCGUUAUCAACCAGGAGCCGGUUCUCAAGAUCCAUUACAGCAGACACCGGAUCCAUCAAUCGUCAGAUCCACCAGCCAAAGAAGUCUGCAAAACUCUUCGCUACUGCAAAAACAUUACGCAAAGACAACCUCACAAGAUUUGAGAGCAGACCUUCCCACUCAGCCGGCAUCAACUUCAUCUCAACCACAGAGAUCCAGCAGUCAGCGUAACUUGAAUCAAUCUAAACUACUACAACGGUAUUCUAAGCAAAACUCCCUAGACUCACAAGAUGUUCCAAAACCGGAGUCACAGCGAUAUAGUAGCCAGAAAAGCUUAGAAAGCUCCAAAUUAUUACAACGAUACAAUGUUGUUAAUAACUCUCAAGAAUUCACUGGUCUUGCAGCCAGAGAAAGCACUCCCGUGACUCGCUUCCAACGCAGCGAAAGCUUGGAUCAUGAUAGGAUGACGAGAUCAUCUUUAUUGUCCAAAUAUACACCGAGAUUCGGAAAGUCAUUGGAUAGGAACAAAACUGCCCCGAUAAGUAGUUACAGUAACUAUAGUAGCCAACAAAGUCUGAACCAACAGGAUCCAGUUAAAACAAUAUCAGCAUCACAAACGAUCGGUGAUUAUGGAGGAGACCAUUUCGAUCAGUACGAUGCACAAAAUAUACGUAGUCGGUCGUCAAGCAUGGCUCGCGGUCUCAAUCGCAAAAGUUUACAAAGAGAUCUGCCACCAUCUGCCCGAAAUUAUGAAAUGGAAAAAGAGAAUAUGCCGCUAGAUCCCAUUACUCCUGAAACAUUGCCAGUAGUGGCAACCGCCGUGCCUGUCAUGGGAAAUAUAGCGUCAGCUCUUCCAUUGCCUAUGCUUGCCGCAGUUACUCCUGCGCCAACUAUGGAAAUCAGUGCGCCACCCCUAGAAAUCUCACCUCCUUUAAUGCCACUGCAACCGACCGUUUAUGAUAUCAACUCAGAAAUACCAAAACGAAAAGAACCGGUCAAGCCACCUAGGAAGGAUUUGGCACCCGUGAGUAUUUCCAUUCCUAACAUAAAAACCACAAUCACCAUCGAACCACCGACGCCCAUCAUCCCCACCAAAAAGGAUGCACCUGUCGUUCCAAAAGACCUGUCAUCACCAUCGUUCAGUAGUAGGGAUCGCAUGGAACAUUAUGGAGGCGCUCCCAUUCCGUCAUCACCACCACUACCAUCCCAACUACUGUCAAAGCAAAACACCAAAUCACCUGCACAAACGUCGCCAUCAACCAAGAAGGACAGUUCCCUAUUUCCCAUCAGCGACAUCAGUGGUCGACGUAGCAUGACUGAUCUUCGUCAAACCAAAGAAGUAAGCAGCUCGUUUGCAAUGGAAAUUGACGAAUUUAGUGACAGGCGCGAGCUGAGCCAUUUCACGAAAAAGCGAGACUCAAUCAAAGGCACACUAGCGUCAGCUUUCGAACAAAUAGCUGUAUUAUCCGUUCCACAUGCAACAGAUGCAUUCGAAGAUGAUGGUGAAAACGUUGAGUCACUUCCACCGAACAGAAAACUGAAAAAGCGAGACCAUACCUACCAUCCCUCUUUUGUACCAAAGCAUGCCAAAUUGGAGGAAAGCGAACGAAAGAAACAAGAGGAAAAAGAAAAACAAGAAAUCCGGAAGAUAGAACAAGAACGAAAGAAGCUAGAAGAGAAGGAAAGGCAAGAGAAUCUAAAGAAAGAACAAGAGCGCAAAAAGCAAGAAGAAAAAGCUAAACGAGAAAAUCAAAAGAAAGAACAAGAACGAAAGAAAGAGGAAGAAAAACUAAGAAAAGAGGAGGAGAAACUGAAGAAGGAGAACGAAAAGCUAAGAAAAGAGGAAGAAAAGCGUCGAAAAGAUGAUGACACACGAACAAAAGCUGAAAAGGAGCAGCAACGUAAAGAAGAUGAAAAGAAAGCCAAAAUCGAAGAUGAAAACCAAAAGAAAGAAGCAGAGCGGCUUGCAAAAGAAGAAGAAAAACAAAUAAAAGAGGAAGAAAAACGUUUACGGGUCGAGCAAAAACGCAUACGCGAUGAAGAGAAGAAGAAGCAAAAGGAAGAAAAAAAGUAUCUAGUUCUUCAAAAACUAAUACCAACCGAUCAAUUUGAGCCGGAAAAACCUGAAGACGAUACUUUAGAAUUUGGGAAUCAUUUGGACCAGUAUAGCAUCUCCGCACCGCCCAAGCCUCAAACCGGCUCAGUUGGGCGUCCACGAUCAAGUGGAACACCUCACGGCAGCCAAAGUGCUCUCAAUCGCCACACCCUCCCGGCAAUGUCAAAACCUAUGUACAGCAGCCAGCAGAGCUUAGAUCGAUCUGGUGGAGUCCAAUCCAAGAUGCUACAACGAUACGCUAAGCGUAGUGGAUCGCAAGACUUUACGCAUUCUGCGGAUGUAGAAGAAGCUCGAAAAUUCAUCAAGGAUGUACACACCAGUCAGGGCAGCCUGGAUCAUCAACGGGUAGCACGUUCCAGUCUUCUUCAAAAAUACACACCAAAACCGUUGAGUGCAUCCACCGCCGGAGGUCCAGCAGUGGUUCCACCAUCAACCCCAAAGUCAACCAGUCAAGUAAGCCUGGACAAGUCGCGAAUCGAGAAAUCUGCUCUUCUGCAGCGUUACAAGGCAAGAAGUGAAUCUGGCGAAGGACGAACCGAAGGCCUGUUGGAUGCGGUCGACACAGAACCUCGGAAAACAGCAAUUGUGUUCAAUCCCAAAAAGUUUCCGGAGAAGACGAGCACAUUUGACUAUCGCGACCACGAAUAUGAGCCAAUCGGUGAGCCAGUUGAGGACAAAAAUGUCGAAGCAGCCAAAGGCAGCCUGGCACUGCCAACUGAUGACAAGAAAAGAAAGUUAUCCACCUCUUCGUUGCGUGUUCCUUUGGACGAAGGCGACACCAUCAGUAUGGAGGAACUUCAAAAGGACAUUGAGGAUCGAUACUUUAAUCGUCCUUCCGUAGAACAAGCAACAAUAGAAUUUACGGAACCAGUUGAGGUGGCUGCACAAGAAAAGACUAGUAAGGUUAAAUCAGCUAUGGCUCGAGCUCAAGAAAGUGGUAAGAAAGCCAUGGCCAAAGCACAAGUAAGUAGCCGGAAUGCUAUGGUCAAAGCACAAGAAGGUGGAAAGAGCCUGCAUCAGAAGCUACGCAAACAGACUGAUAAAUUCAAAACCAAAAUGACCAAUAUUAAUAUCAAGAAGGAUAAGGAUGUGGCUCCUCUAGCAACACCGGAAAUUGUCACAACGCCAGAGAUCGAGAAACUCGAUUUUACCCUUGCUGAGCCUUCGCCUGAACAUGAGACUGGUGAAUUAGAAUCCGUCCCCGCACAGGCUGACGAAGCUACAGCAGAGGUAGAAAACGAGGAGGUUGUUCCUGAAAGUGGAGCAACCAAAAAGAAGUUCAGAGCCGCAGAUUUUAGUAAAAUAAAAAAUAUUCAGAUGCCAAAGAUUCAUAAACCGGAGUUCAAAAGACCAGAAUUCACUAAAAUUUCGAAACCUAAAAUGCCAAAGCUCAAAACGCCGGAUAUGUCAAAAUUCAAGCGCCCGGAAAUGCCAAAGUUUUUAACUGAAAAACCUGAUUUUUCCAAACUCAAGAUGCCUGAGAAAAUUGGUACCAUCAAAAUUCAACGUAGCAAAUCGAUGAAAGAACCCGUAUUAUCAAGUGCUACGAGCGCUGCGUCACCUUCGGAAAUUGAGGCACCUUCUACACUCGACGGAGAUGGUACUAAGAAGAAGCUCAAAUAUAACGACUUCAGCACUUAUCCACGUUUGUUGGACAAAUUCAAGCGCCAAAAACCAAGUAAUGAAAGUGUUCGGGCGUCCACGCCUCCACCGCUGGAGUUCACUAAAGUUGCAAAAACAUCCCGCACUAAAGGAACUGGUUUUGUUUCACGUUGGGCAGAAAAAUCAUCGGAGGAUACGGGAAGUACUCGUUUCUUCACCGGUAGUGAAAUUGGAGAGCGUGAAGGAUCGGUUGAAAAGCGAAUACGCCAACGCUUGGAAAGGGCCGAUUUCGAUGAACCGGAGCUUGCGGUCACUGCCGAACAGAAACAACUUGAAGAAUAUGAUAAGGAAAAUCGUGAAAUUCAUCUCUUGUCUGCUGCACGGCACGACGAGUUUAUGAAACGUAAGCCACCUAUGGAGCGCCAAGAAUCAGAUCUUGCCUCUGAGGAAGAAAAACAGUUCUGGGCCAGUUCGCUAGGUCAGAAAAUUCGACAAAAUAUCGAUAUGAAUAGCAACGACUUUGAUUUCUUAGACGAAGAGGAUCGUCUACGCUCGGCCCGUGAAAAUGAAACUAUGGCAUUAAGUGCACACGAUCGCGCCAGGUUCUUGGGGGAACCAUUAGGUGAACAAUCGGAAAAGGAUUAUGACAUGCGAUCCACAACUCCGUAUUCAAACAAAGAGUGCCAGUCGUCUGGUAGCUCUGGAAUACGUCGACGUAAAGGCGUUAUUGAAGAAAUCGAUGAUGAUGAAUUCUUCUUGCGUCAAAAGGGGAUUUCCAAAGACAAUAUUCAAAUGGGAGAAUACAUCAGCACGGCUAUCAAAGAAGGUUUAAGCACACCUAAGAAUGCCCUGGCUGAAAUGGGAAGCUACGAUCCAUACUUUGACGACGAAGCAGAUGUUAGUGAACGGAUGAGCGUGGAUUAUCGCGCAGAACACGCUGCAGGGGGUCGCUACUAUCAGCCAAGCUUUGAAUCUGACGACGUGUCCAAUAAGCAAAGCUUCACUGAUGAAUUCCGCAAACAAGCUGACUUUUUCAAAACAUUCCCUCCAGAUCGCCCCAUAAGAAAGCAUAAAAAAUCAUACAAUGACGAUCAGUUACAUGACGACCAUCAAAAGGUGCCAUACGAUUCGUACCAACAGGAGGAAGAACAAGAUGUGGAGUUCUACGGUAGAGAUCGUAAGUAUGGCGCUGAACCACAAGAAAAUCGCGCAGAGAGGGAUGAACGUUUCAUAGACGAGGAAAGCGUUGGUAAUGGAUUUACUCUCACCGGUUCAGCCGUACCUCCAACGCCACCCAGGCGGCGUAAGAAGCGCUUCCGCGAAUUCACACCAUCGGAACUCACGCCAUUUGGAGAUGGACUCACAUCAAAACCUAUUUACAAUAGUUAUACUCUAGGACCCGAAACGCACAUUUUCAACACCGACAUCCCGCUGGCCCAAGAGGAGAGCUUCACAACGCCUCUACCAACCCCAAGAAGAUCCCGUUCAAGAUCGCAACUCUCGAAAUUCGAUGACGAUAGAACAUCAAGAGGAGCAGAGUCCUACAUCUUCGGAGCCGAAGACAACGCCUUGGUUAAGCUCGCUAUCGACAUGUCUGAAUCAAACGGCUACGCAACUGUUCGAAAGGAACCUCCGCCACGUCCUCCAGCUCCGAUUCGCCGUAGGAAAUCCACCCGGUCUCUGGGCGAUCAACGCCAGUUCAACACUCUGCCAAAUUUUCAUUCGGCAUCGCCAGCCCGUCCAUCUCGCAAUUACAGCACGAUCAAUCCUAACAGACCGCCACGUGGUAGAUCUGUGUCAAGCUUGAACGAAAGUGCUACGAAACUUUCGACCAUAAGCAAGGAUGACAUCACUCAAUACGAAGAUAUUGAAGCCGUUGGGGAUCAAGUAAAACUGCACGAAACUCUGCAAUCUGGUGAUGUUGUUAAGAAAAUGAAAGAUCGACCACUGCCCCCACCACCCCGUCCACCAAGAGACAAUAGAAAGGCUCGCCGUUAUGAUCAGGAUGAUCGAUUUGAUUUUGAUGGUGGCACUGAAAGGAUCAUUCCUUUAGAUACGAUCGAACCCAGGGUUAUAGAAGAGGUGGAAAUAGCAAUUCAAACGGAUCCUGUAUCCGACGACUUUGAACUGGAUAUUGAAGUAUCGGAAACUAUGGCCAAACCAGGGAAAACACUGCAAGAAAUUCUGAAGGAAGAACAACAAGCGGAAAUUGAUAGAGCCCGACAGUUGGCAGAGGCAAGCAAUUUAAUGCGAGACAUUCAAAAAUUCAGAGACUCCACAUCGUCCUUAUCGCUUCAUGGUAGCCGUCCAGAAACUCCAUCCGCAAUGACGUUUGAAAGAAGGGUCUCAGCGCCUUCUACGUCUCAAAUAGUACCAGGUCUGAGUAGUGAAAACCUCACUGAACAAGACUUAGCUAACAUCGACGAUGACAAAUUUAUAGCAGAGCUAGUAAAGAAAUACGUUUCUGAGGAGAAGGUAACUGAUAAUGGAAAGAAACCAUUCAAAACAAUGGAAGAACCUAGAUUAGUAACAGAAAGGGCUGAGCAAGAGAAAUUGCGUGAAAUCGAAUCAAUGAUCGUGCAAGAAAAUGUUCAAAGAGAAGAUAUAAGAGCUGUUCAAUCGGGGCCAGCAGCACCUCCACGAAGACGCUCUUUGGUAUCGUCUACUCAUGACAUACCAACAAGCAUCGAAAUUCCUCAAAAUGUAAUUGAAGAAAUCGUAGAACGCCUCAGAACCAAUGAACAGCAGCACAUUGCAGAAUUGGAACAACUCCACCAACAACAGUUGGAUGAAUUGAGAAAACAGCAGGAGGAACAAAGGGUGCUGCAAGAACAAAAAUUAACAGAACAGCAGAAAAUGCUGUUUGAUCAGCAGAAUCAACAACUGCACGAAACACAGCAGCUUAAGGAACAAAUUUUCCAACAACAAGAACAACAAAUGGCGCUACUCCAGCAGCAGCAACAGCAACAGCAACAACUUCUACUGGCACAGCAACAGCAGCAAAUUCUGCUCCAACAACAAGAAAAAGAACGGGAACUUCAGCGAGAGAGAGAACGCGAGCUCCUUCGUGAGCGUGAAAUUGAAUUGGAGAAAUCUCGCGAAAGAGAGCGUGAAUUGCACCACGCUAGAGAACUUGAGUUGCAGCGAGCACGGGAGCUGGAGCAGCAACGGGCGAAAGAACUUGAGCAUCAAAGGUUGCGUGAAUUAGAGCUUCAGCGAACAAUGGAGCUGGAGCAUCAGCGUCUUAGAGAGCUUGAAUUACAGCGAGUUCAAGAAGCCGAAGUGCAACGCGCUCGAGAGGCGGAACUACAACGUGCUCGAGAAGCAGACCUGCAAAGAGUUCGAGAAACUGAAAUACAAAGAAUUCGAGAAACAGAAUUGUUGCGCGCUCAGGAAGCUGAAAUACUCAAACUCAAGGAAAUUGAACGUAAAGUGAGAGAGAGCCAAGCCAAGGAAGAAGGAUCAAUUGCGAAUGCUGCUGAUGAAACUGUAGAACCAUUAGCAUCAGCGAAAAUGACACAAGAAGUUGUGGAAACUAGUAAAGAAGCAUCAGUCUCUGAACAGAAGCCAACAGUCGAGCCCGCACCCGUUCGUCCACCACCACCACGAAUAAGUCCUCAGAUACCGAUAAAUGCACAGUUCCCUUACCAAGAAUAUCUAUCCUACCCACUUCCACCGCCACCCUUCUAUCCUACUAGGAAUCAUUCGGAUGAAGAAGGAGCCUUUCCGCAAGCGCCACAUCGUCGUCGAAGGCAUCAUCGGUCGAGGAGAGAAUCAACUUCUGAAGAGGAGUUCCAGCGUGAACAACGGAAACAACGCCACGGAACGCGUUCGCCUGAGCCAUCAAUUCCAGCCCUGGGCAGUCAAUUGAUUAGAGCUUGUGGAGCUUCCAUCAGAGAAACGGGAGAUGAACUGAUGUCAAUUCUGCGGGCAAGCAGCAAAGACGAAAACAAACGUGAUUUGCACAUUGCUCUCAUAAUACUUAUUGUAAUUGUUGCCGGCCUGAUGGCCCUGGGAAUGAGUGGAGAACAAUCUGUGCAUCAUCACCAUUGGGACUACUUCACGCCACCUGGAAACAGCGGACACUAACCGAAAAUGUUGUGAUACGACCCGCUAAUAGGAAGUCCCACGUUGUUAUUUUGGAUACAUGUACACAAUGGUUCAUUCACGUCUAAUUUUUAUAGUAGAAUUUAAAAUGCAUCUUUAUCAAUUUGUUAUCACUUGUAACGCAUCGUGUUACCCUUAGAAUGUGGUUAAUUUUAAAUUGUUUUUACAAUCUGCAUUUGAGCGUUUACUAAACACUAGAAGUCAAUCAUUAAGCUGUUGAGUCAUAUUUAUUUCAUCUUUUUGCUAAACUAUAGUCCAUUACCGCAACGCACAAGAACCCGCACAUUGUUGAUUAUUUCUGCACUUUCUAAUAACGCACCACGAAAGCAAAUCAAUAACAUCAAAAUAGUGAACACAAUUAAUCGAGAUUUUUACAUGCCUAAUUAGUGUACAGUAGGUAUCAGAGUCGAAAGAAUGCGAGUUGCAGAAAAAAACACACAAGGUUCGAAAACCUGCGAGUUUCAAAGCUAGUCAAAGAAUGUACAUAGGGAAUAAAGAUCUGGAUAUCCGAACCCUUCAUUAUUAAUUUAUUUGUUUUUAAACAUUAUCACAUUUCGACAGAAAAAUAAAACAAAUGUUUUGGCAAAAAUGAAA